AUGGUUCGAAUAGUCGAACCCUCAUUUGUCAACCACGAUGGAGGUGCGAUCUACUCCAUCGAUGCUCAUCCAUCCGGCUCAAAAUUCAUCACAUGCGGUCAAAAAGAGCUUAGCAGCUCCGGUGUUGUCAUGAUCUGGAAUAUGAGUCCCAUCGAAUCGGAAAAACACUAUAAGGAUCCAAAUGUACCAAAAAUUCUUUGUCAAAUCUACACACAAGCCGGUGCAAACUGUGUGAGAUGGUCUCCGGAUGGAAAACGAUUUGCAGUGGGUUCCGAUGAUUUUUCAGUAUCAGUUUGGGAAUUUAGUAAGCUUUUUUGAAAUAAAAAGAGAAAAUAACAUAAGAAAAUGAAAAUUUUCAGUCGGAAAAGUGAAUUCUGCUGGAAGUGUUUUGGGAAAAGGCGCCAACAUCGAAAGAUAUCGCGAAAUCUCAACAUGCCGUGCACAUUCGAUGGAAGUUUUAUCCGUGGAAUGGUCACAGAACGGAAAAUAUUUGGCAAGUUCCUCUAUGGAUAAUCUAAUCUACAUUUGGAAUGCGAAAAAACUCGGGGAACGUGUGGCGUGUUUAAAGGGACAUGGUGAUUCGGUGAAGGGAGUCGCGUGGGAUCCGAUUGGAAAGUAUUUGGCGACGAUUUCGGCGGAUAAAUCGCUGAAGAUUUGGCAGACUGAUAAUUGGGAAUGUUGUACGACUAUUACGGAACCUUUUAAAUCUGUGAGUCGGAGCGAGCCGGAAGUUUUCCGCGCUGUCUUCUUACGUAGUAUAGCCAGCCGCGUUCGCGGAAGUUUGCGGUCUACACUCGCUACGCUCGAAAAGUUUAUCCGCAAGCUUCCGCGCAGCGGCCACGUGGAUUACUAUGACGUGGACCUGUAGAUUCCUAUGGUUUCCACGUCAUAGUGACCACGUGGCCGCGUUCGCGGAAGAUAGUGCCGCUGACGCGGAAGCUUGCGGUUUACACUCGCUACGCUCGAGCAGCGAAGCCGCGAGUGUAAACCGCAAGCUUCCGCGCAGCGGCACUGUCUUCCGCGAACGCGGCCACGUGGAUUAGUAUGACGUGGACCUGUAGAUUGCUAUGGUUUCCACGUCAUGGUAACCACGUGGCCGCUAAAGCGGAAGACAGUGCCGCAGACGCGGAAGCUUGCGGUCUACACUCGCUACGCUCGAGCAGCGAAGCCGCGAGUGUAAACCGCAAUCUUCCGCGCAGCGGCACUAUCUUCCGCUUCAGCGACCAUGUGGAUUACUAUGACGUGGAAACCAUAGGAAUCCACGUGGCCGCUGAAGCGGAAGACAGUGCCGCUGACGCGGAAGCUUGCGGUCUACACUCGAGCAGCAAAGCCGCGAGUGUAAACCGCAAGCUUCCGCGUCAGCGGCAAGUUAGGCUAAGUCGCCGCGGAAGCCUAUGCAAAAAUAAUAUUCUUCCCUCAGAGCGGCCAAAAAACCAUGUUCACCCGCCUUGAUUGGUCACCAGAUGGAAAAUACCUGUUCACACCAUCUUCCACCAACAACAACGCGCCAACAAUUCAAAUCGUCGAGCGGCAAACGUGGAAUAUUGAGCGAGAUUUCGUGGGACACCGCAAAGCGACAACUUGUGUACGAGUGCUGCCAAGGAUUUUGUAUGCGGAGCUGAAAAAUGGAAAGAAAAUGCAAUUGUGCUGUGUUGCAACAGGUAAAUUGCAGAAAUGUUUUUUCUCAAGGAACCGCGCCUUGAGAACCUAGUUUUCUAGGGUUCGCGUCGAGAGAUCCACGCCUUGAGAGCUAUAUUGAUUGAUAAGGCGCUGAUCCUUGCCGAAGUGAAUCUCUCGAAGCGAGCCCUAGACAACUAGGUUCUCUAGGUGUGGCUGCUUCUCAUAGAAGCUCUCAAGGCGCGUCUAUUUGUUCUCCUUGUUCUCAAGGAGCCACGUCUUGAGAGCUUCUAUGACAAGCAGCCACUCCUAGAGAACCUAGUUGUCUAGGGCUUGCGUCGAGAAAUUCACUUCUCAUGAAGCAACGCCUUAUCAAUCAAUAUAGCUCUCAAGCCGCUGAUCCUUGUGGAUCUCUCGACGCGACCCCUAGACAACUAGGUUCUCUAGGCGCGGCUCCUUGAGACCAACAAUAUUUUUUCCAGGUUCCCGCGACCGAAGCAUCGCAAUCUGGCUGCUCCCCGGAAUCUCUCGCCCGCUUCUAGCCCUCACCAAAAUAUUUACACACAGUGUAAUGGAUAUGAUGUGGAAUGGUCUGAAUCUCACAGUAUGUUCACAAGACGGAAGUAUUUUGUCGAUUUUAUUCGAUGAAAAAUCGCUGGGCGAAAUUGCGAGUAGCCAAAUGAUGAGCGAUUUAUGUCAGAAAAUUUAUUGUAUUCGACCACCGCAAUAUGAAAUGGAAGGACUUUUGGAUGAGGAAAAUGAAGAAGCUGCGGCGGAAAAUUCGAUUUUGGAUAACUCUUUUGGAUCGUCAUUUGUCACGUGUCCUGAAGAGGUUUUGGCGAAGAGAAAGGUGAGGGUUUUGGCUGAAAAUUUCGAUUUCUAGCACAGAAUUUUGAUCUAGAAGGAUUUUCAGUCGGAAAUUUAGGAGCUGAAAAUUUUUCUAGACUGGAAUUUCGCGCUGGAAAUGCUGGAAAUCGAGGUUUUCAUGAUUUUCAGCGCGAAAUUUUGAUCUAGAGGGAUUUUCAGCCAGAAAUUUGUGAGCUGAAAAUUUUUCUAGACUGAAAUUUUGCGGUGAAAAUCGAGAAGAUAUCGAUUUUCAGCAUUGCUCAUCUUAAUCUUCAAGUUUUUUAACCUGAGCAAUACUCAAAAAAAUUUCUAUAGAACUGAAAAACAUUAAUAUGAGCAAUGGUAAAAUUUUCCUCAAAAUCAGAGCAAAUUAUUUUUUUUUUCUCACAAAAAAUUCACUGUUUCAAGAUUUUUUGAAAUUUUGAUUUUCAGCGCAUUUCUGCCAAAAAUUUGUCUUCAAUCCUUCUAGAUCAAAAUUUUGUGCUGAAAAUGCUGGAAAUCUAUAUUUUCUUGAUUUUCAGCACGAACUUUUGAUCUAGAAGGAUUUUCUGCCAGAAAUUUAGGAACUGAAAAUGUUUCUAGACUGAAAUUUUGCACUGAAAAUCAAUAUUUUCUUGAAAAUUAUCGAUUUUUUUUGCAGAAAGAAGAAGAAUCGACGAAAACAGCCCAAGAAAAGCCAAAAAUCUCAACUCAAAUCGAAACCGAAAAUGAAGAAGCCAAAAAAUUGGAGCAAAAAUUGAUCGAAGAACGAAAUGUGCAAAAAGAAGAAGUGGCUCAGAAUGGAAAACGACGAAUUCAGCCAAUAUUUUUGGCAUCAACUUCGACUGGAGAAGUUUUGGAAAAGAAUUUGGUGAAAAAUGUGGAAAAAACUAGAGAAAAAGAGGCGGAAUUAUUGAAAAAACGGAGGGAAAUUGAGGAAAAUGAAGAGGAUUUGGAAGAUGAAAGCGAAGAUGAUAGUGAUGAUGAUGAAGAUGAACAAGAGGAAGAAAUUGAGGAGGAUUUGGGAGAAAAUGAGAAUGAUAAAAGAAAGAAAAGAAAAAGAAGAAGGAAUGAAAAUGAAGAGGAGGAGGAUAUGGUUAUGACUAUGAAUUUUAAGGUUUGUUGGCUGAAAAUCGCGGAAAAUCAUUAUUUUCUUGAUUUUCAGCGGGGAAUUUUGAUCUAGAAGGAUUUUCAGGCGGAAAUUUGAGAGGUGAAAAUGUUGCCUUGAAAAAUUUUUUCAGCUUCUAAAUUUCUUGCUGAAAAUUCUCUUCUAGAUCAAAAUUUAAUGCUGAAAUCGCUAAAAAUCAAUAUUUUCUUGAUUUUCAGCGCGAAAUUUUGAUCUAGAAGAAUUUCCAGACUGAAAUUUUUGGCUGAAAAUCGCUGAAAAUCAAAAUUUCAAAAAAUCUUGAAACAGUGAAUUUUUGUGAGGAAAACAAAUAAUUUGCUCUGAUUUUGAGGAAAAUCUUACCAUUGCUCAUAUUAAUGUUUUUCAGUUUUAUAGAAAAAUUGGAGUAUUGCUCAUGUUAAAAAUCAAAAAUUUAAGAUGAGCAAUGUUGAAAAUUGCUGAAAAUCGAUAUUUUUUUGAUUUUCAAUAGAAAAUUUUGGUCUAGAAGAGAAUUUUCAGAGAUUUGGGAGCUGAAAAUUUUUUCUAGAUCAAAAUUUGAUUUUCAGCAUUGCUCAUCCUAAUUUUCAAGAAUUUCAACCUGAGCAAUACUCGAAAAAAAUUUCUAGAGAACUGAAAAAAAUUAAUAUGAGCAAUGCUAAUAUUUUCCUCAAAAUCAGAGCAAAUUAUUUUUUUCUCACAAAAAAUUCACUGUUUCAAAAUUUUUUGAAAAAAAAUUGAUUUUAUUAAUUUUUGAUGGAUUAGAGUGUUCUGUGAAAAUAACAUUUUUUUGUGCUGAAAAUCAAGAAAAUAUUGAUUUUCAGACAUUUUCAGUAGUUUCAGCAUUUUCAGCACAAAAUUUCAGUCUAGAAAAAUUUUCAGCUCCUAAAUUUCUGGCUGAAAAUCCUUCUAGAUCAAAAUUUUGUGCUGAAAAUCACUGAAAACUCGAUUUUCAGCCAAUUUUUUCCAGCAACCAACACUUCGCCGAAAUGAACCUGCCAGUAUGAAAGUCACUGAGGGUACUGUAGUAAUGGAUGCUCCGGAAAAACGAGCAACAAUUGUGUAUAAUGUGUUGGAUGUGGGUUUUUUCACGGUGUUUUGGAGUUAGCCUAAGUUUUACCCAUUUUUUUUGUUUAGCGGAAAAAUCUACAAUUCGAAAUUGACAACAAAUAUCGAAAUUCUGGAAUUGAAACCACAUUGGUCAAAUUGGUUCGCAAAAAAAUCAAUAAUUCAUCUGAAAAUGCUGAAAAUUCGGGAAAAAAGAGGAAUUUGGAAAAUGUUUGGACGAGUGUUAUUGGAGCUGUUGUUUUGAAUGUGGCUGCGAAUCGGUGAGAUUUGGCUGAAAAUUUAUAUUUUCAGCAUUUUCGUAAUUUUGAUCUAGAAGGAUUUUCAGCCAGAAAUUUGGGAGCUGAAAAUGUUUCUAGACUGAAAUUUUGCGCUGAAAAUUUCUGAAAAUCAAUAUUUUUCAGAUUUUCAGCAUAAAAUUUAAGAGCUGAAAUUUUUUUUUUGAAAUUUUUUUUCGAAAUUUUUUUUUCGGAUUUUUUAUUUUUUCAGUCAAAAACUUUUCUAGCUGAAAAUUCCUAAAAAUCAAUUUUUGUACUGAAAAUCAAUAUUUUCUUCAAUUUCAGCUAAAAAUUUCAUUCCAGAAAAAUCCAGAAAUUCAGGAGCUGGAAAUCUCUGAAUAUCAAUAUUUUCCAGAUUUUCAGCGCGAAAUUUAGAAGCUGAAAUUUUUUUUGAAAUUUUUAAAGAAUUUUUGUUUUUUCAGUCAAAAACUUUUCUAGACCUAAAUUUUGUGCUGAAAACGCUGAAAAUUCCUAAAAAUCAAUUUUUGUGCUGAAAAUCAAUAUUUUCUUCAAUUUCAGCUAAAAAUUUCAUUCUAGAAAAAUCUGAAAAUCCUGGAUUUUCAGCCAGAAAUUUGGGAGCUGAAAAUUUUUCUAGACUGAAAUUUUGUGCUGAAAAUUGCUGAAAAUUGAGUUUUCCUUGAUUUUCAGCGCGAAAUUUUGAUCUAGAAGGAUUUUCAGCCUGAAAUUUAGACGCUGAAAAUUUUUCUAGAUUGAAAUUUUGUGCUGAAAAUGCUGAAAAUGACCAAAAAUCAAUAUUUUCAGUCAUAUUUCUCUAUUUGGUUGUGCUGAUCGUUGUCUUCGUGUUUAUUUGACUGAAUGUGGAAGUUUAUCACAUUGUAUUCGAUUGGAUUCCGCGCCAGUUUCAAUUGGAAUCCGCGAAUUUGCUGGUUAUGUUUUGACGGAAUAUGGAAAAUUGAGCACUUGGUGAGUUUUUUGAUACCAAAUAUGAUUGGGGUUUCAGAAUUUUGAGCUGAAAAUUGAUUUUCAGCGCUAAAUUUAGUGAAUUUUGUGCUCGAAAUCAUGAAAAUAUUGAUUUUUAGUAUUGCUCAUCUUAAUCUUCGUGAUUUCUAACCUGAGCAAUACUCAAAAAAAUUUCUAUAAAACUGAAAAACAUUAAUAUGAGCAAUGCUAACAUUUUCCUCAAAAUCAGAGAAAAUUAUUUUUUUCUCACAAAAAAAUUCACUGUUUCAAAAUUUUUUUGAAAAUAAAUUUUAUUUUAUUUAGUUAUUGGAACAACAGAUUUAGAAAAAAAAACGAUUUUGUGCUGAAAAUCAAGAAAAUAUUGAUUUUCAGACAUUUUCAGUAGUUUCAGCGUUUCAAGCACAAAAUUUCAGUCUAGAAAUUUUUUUUCUGAAAAAAAUUAGAAUUUCUGGCUGAAAAUUCUUCUAGAUCAAAAUGUUGUGCUAGAAAUCAUGAAAAUAUUGAUUUUCAGCGAUUUUCAGCAUUUCCAGCAUCAAAUCUUUCAAUUUCCAGGGAUUUCCAAUCCACAAAAUCAAUUUUAUCUCGUCAACCAAUAUUCGAAUGUGUCGAAACUUCCAACGAAACAUCGUUAUCCAGUCUGGAAAUCAGUGAAAAUGGAAUUCCUCUAAUUUUGCUCUCAAAUGGCUCGGUUUACACUUUUAAUAUUGGAAUCGCGUGUUGGAUUCAAGUGAUCACAUCGAAUUUGUCAUCGAAAUUUUUUGAGCCAAUUCAGGAGAGCCAAAUGGGUGAUGGACCAUUGGGAAGAUUGUUGAGAAGGAUUAGGAGGUCUGUCAGAGGUUUUUGGGUUGAAAUUGGGGAAAAAUGGAGAUUUUUGGAGCUGAAAAGACACGUGGCAUGAAAAUUUCACGUUUUUUGAGACCAAACAAGCCUAGAAACCUUUCUGUGUUGAAAAUCAUUGCUCAUCUUAAUCUUCAAGAUUUUUAACCUGAGAAAUACUCAAAAAACUCAAAAAAAAUUUCUAUAGAACUGAAAAACAUUAAUAUGAGCAAUGGUAGCAUUUUCCACAAAAUCAGAGCAAAAUUUUUUUUUUUACAAAAAAUUUACUGUUUCAAGAUUUUUUGAAAAUAAAAUUUAUAUAAUUUAUUUUUGAUAUUGUAACUUUUGGUUUUCGAAAAAAAUUUCGUGCUGAAAAUCAUGGGAAUAUUGAUUUUUAGCCAUUUUCAGCGUUUUCAGCACGAAAUUUUGGUCUAGAAAUUUUUUUGACUGAAAAAAUGAAAAAAUUCGAAAAAAAAUUUCAAAAAAAAAUUUAGCUACUGAAUUUAUGAAUGAAAAUCCUGGAGAAUUUUCCAGAUCAGAAAUUUGAGCUGAAAAUAAAGAAUUUAUUGAUUUUCAGCAUUUUUAGCACAAAAUUUCAGUCUAGAAACAUUUUCAGCUCCCAAAUUUCUGACUGAAAAUCCUUCUAGAUCAAAUUUUUGAGCUGAAAAUCGAAAAUUUAUUGAUUUUCAGCAUUUUCAGCACAAUAAAACCUUCUUUUUUGCAGAACUGGAACUUGUUCAAAUAUCCCAACAACAAUAUCAAAAUCAAUAAAAGAAGCGCAAAUUGAGCAAUUAUUGAAUUGUGCUGAAAUACUCGGAAAUUCAUCGGAUUAUAAAUCAAUGAUCAAUUUGUAUGUCGAAACAUUGUGUGAUAAUGGUAAGCUACCUACUGAAAAUGGCUGAAAAUCGAUGUUUUCAUGAUUUUCAGCACGAAAUUUUGAUCUAGAAGGAUUUUCAGACAGAAAUUUGGGGAGCUGAAAAUCGCUGAAAAUCAAUAUUUUCUUGAUUUUCACCGCGAAAUUUUGUGCUGAAAACGCUGAAAAUCAAUUUUUCAAUUCUGUUUUCAAAAAAUCUUGAAACAGUGAAUUUUUUGUAAGAAAAAAAAAUUUGCUCUGAUUUUGAGGAAAAUGUUAGCAUUGCUCAUAUUAAUGUUUUUCAGUUUUAUAGAAAUUUUUUUGAGUAUUGCUCAGGUUAUAAAUCUUGGAGAUUAAGAUGAGAAAUGCUGAAAAUUGCUGAAAAUCAAUAUUUUCUAGAUUUUCAGCCAGAAAUUUAGAAGCUGAAAAUGUUUCUAGGCUGAAAUUUUGUGCUGAAACUGCUGAAAAUCAUUAUUUUCAUGAUUUUAGCUCAAAAUUUUAGAAAAAAAGUUUCCUAACCUUGUUUGGUCUCAAAAAACGUGAAAUUUUUAUGCCACGUGGAUUUUCAGCACCCCAAAAAUCCCCAAUUUUUCCAGCCAACGAAAAGAAGCUUGCAAAACUGUUCGUCGAAUCGUCGUCCGCUAAAAUAUCGAUUUGCGGCCUUCGCCGCGCGGCAAUUUUCGAAGAUUUGAAAAAUCUCGUCAAAAAUCGACAACCCUCAAUUGCAGCCAGGAUUUUUGCACAAAAUUCGAAUUUAUCGAUUUUUUGA